AUGUCUUUCCUUCAUGGUGUUCUCAGUGGAGUGAAGGAUGAUGAUAACGUUAUAACAUACAAUGAAUACAUUGGUGAAGAAAAUAAGCUUAAUAAAGUUCUUGACACACUUACUUCUUCAAUUGGCACUGGGCGUAAUGGCCUUUCGCUGUCUGUGAACGAGGUGAAGGAGUGGUUGGGGAAAUAUAAUGGAGAAGUUGAAAAGAAGACUGGAGCAGUGACUGGAGGAUUAGGUGAGUUGAUUGAUAAAUUAUCAUCUGGUGCAGGUAAAAAUGAUUUUUAUCAAGAGGUGAAUGAACAUAAUGAGCUGAGUACGCAGUUGAUGCUGUGGACGGGGACGCUCGGGAAGAUUGCCAAGGAGCUCAAAAACAUAGAAACACAGAACGUUAAUGUCUUAGAUAGCGCACUUAAGUCACGUAUAAUGCAUGAGAUUAAGCCGAUUCAGAAAUCGGUGGAGGUGCUGCUUGGGGCGGCUAAGGAGGAGGGGCUUCAGAGCAAGGUGAAGGAGGUGGAUCAGGCGUUAAUGGAAGAAGAAAAGAAACUCAAGCGUGCAUUAUUAGAGCAGAUUUUCCACAUCCGUGCAAAUGUUACGUCCUUGAAUAAUAGCAAAGAGACGCAAAUUGGACAUGUUAAUAGCGCUGUGAAGAGGGCCCAGGCUUUCUUGCCAAAAGCUUUCGACGAAAGAUGUAAAAAAGAAAUAAUCUGGCAUUUUGACAAUAUAAAAGAGCACGUCAACGAUAUACACAAUAGCUUAACCAAUAAAAAAAUUGAGCUGGGCGCUUUGGUCGCAGAUGCUCAAAGAUACUUUGGGGAGAUCAAAAGUAACAUUGGCGGUCAUGGGUUUGAAGAUACUAUAUAUGGCGGUUGGAGUAUGCUUAAAACAAAAAUGCAGAAUUUUGUCAAGGAGCUUAACGGCGUGGGUCCUGGUGAUGGAGGUGCCCAGGCGGAUGGUAUAUUUGACAAAAUUGUUAAAGGUAUUAAGAAGUAUGCGGAGAGGUUCAAAACAAAUGGAAUAAAUGAUGGUUCGUUUGGGGAAGUAGUACAGGAGUGGUUGACAGGAAUUUUGGGGAGUAAAGCGGUUACUGCCGCGCUGGGGGAGUACGUAAAGGAUGACAAAAAGGUCAAUCUUGAGGCUUUAUUCAAUAAGCUAGAGGAGGGCAUUCCAGCGGUUGCGAAAGCAAUUGUCGGUGAGCUCAAGCAAGAAAUAAGUCAAGCUGUAGCAGCUGCUGUUUUAACAGCAAUGACCGGCGAAAACGAAGUUGAAAAGAGUGUUAACGCUGUCAAUGCAGCUUGUGUGACAUUCGCAGGGAGACUUGAAGAGAGGAUCACAAAAGAAUAUCACACUGGUUCAACGGAUACUAAGUUUACUUUUUUCGCAGCCAUAGCCACGGCCAUGGAGACGGCAAUUACCUCAUCGGCCAAGAAGACCACCACCAAGGACAAAUCUCUGCUCGCACCCACCAUUGAAUUUGUCCUCAGCGAGCUCAUUGGUGCCGCGAGACAGGCUGGAAAUGCAGUCUACUCAUUUGCCGGCGAGGACGAUGGCAUUGAUGAUGACGAUAACGCUGAGAAAUACAACCUUGGCAAACAUCUGGAGGCGGCUAGAUCGAAGAUUGGAGAUAUCAGCAAGCAAUUUAACGACAAGAAAGAUCUAGGACUAUCGCCAGAAGACUACGGUAAUUUAAUCGACGACUCAUUGAAAAGGGUGGCACCUGCGAUCACGCACCUUAUUACAAUACUGCAUGAUGCCAGUGGCAGCCUUCCCAAGGCCGUCGAAAAGCUUAAAACAGAAGUUCUUACAAAGCUCGACACUCUUAAAAACGGAAAAGAGUCAGAUGGGAGCGUUGAAAAAGGAAAGAAUGUUGCAGAAACGCUUAUUGAUGACUUGAAAAUUGAUUUCAAGCACAAACUUAAUGCUAUUGCUGCAGACGUCAGCAACGUAAACCACGCCUUAAACACCGCUAUACAAGAACUCCGAUCUACAAUAACUGAAGCCCACAAAAAAGCCGAAAAUGCCGUCUCCCAAGCCUUCGCCACCCUCACCUCCGAGGUCCGCGCUCUCUUCGCCCAGGGCCACAAAGCCGACCUGGCGGCGCUCAAAACGCUGGUCGACGGGCAGGAAAAAGAGAUCGAUAAAAUAAUUAGACAUGAUAAAAGCAACGGUGUUAAGGGGCUUUUAAAGUGGAUGAGUAGUAAUAAAAGUACGCUUGAAGAAAUCCAGCGUCUUGUAUCUCCGUCUCCUGCGCCAGCCGUGAAACCUCAGGGAAACACAGAAGAUCGUACAAAAUUAAAAAACGUAUCCGACAAAUUCAGAGAAUAUUCAGACAUUAUUUUGGAUUACAUCGGUGGUCAAGCGAGAAAUCCAAGUGCCAUUGUCAAGCCCACUGAGCAGUCACUUCAGGUCGGAGACAUUAAAGAUGCGUUCGACCGCUUGAUAAAAUAUGUUGCUCAUCAUGAUGAUAAUAAAUACACUUUCGAUCACAUUUCCACGUCUUAUUUAGAUGCUCUUAAUGCGUCUCUACUUAAGCUCUCCCCCUCCCACUUCCACGGCUUCCACAACCCGCUGCUCCUCGACGCCCUCAAGUCCGGCAUGACCAAAUUCACCGAGCAACUCUCCCACGCGUACGUGAAUAAGUAUAGUGGUCAAAAACCUAAAGAUAGGUGGGCGUUUGAUGGAUACCAAGUUGACACUAGGGAAUCCAAGCGUAUCAAUGAGUUCACUGAGGAGGGUCGAAAGGCCGCUAGAGUAUUCCUUAGCAUUCUAAGAAUGAUGUACGAAAAUUUGUAUAAAUUACAAGAUGACUGCGGCGGAAAAUGGAGAGGCCAAAAAUUAUGUGAAGAUGAAAACGACGAAAAAUCGCUCGGUGGAUUCCUCAAGCGUCUCGGAUACAAGGUGGCCAAAAAUCAAGCUUCCAAGGAUGGCGAGUUGAAAUUACCUUUAAACGAGUACAAGGGGGAGAAUAUUUAUGGCACUCUUAAAGGGCCAAUUAGCGGUGCCGCUACGAUUCCACAUAUUACAGACUGUUUAUCACCUAAAAAAUCCUUUAACGUCUUAGACAUCCUUUUAUGCCUUACAACUCACCUUCAUCAAUAUUUCCGUAUUGGUCAUAUUACAAUUGUAUCCUCACCUAGAAAUCCAUGCUCUGUGUACGAGAUGCUUGUUUGGUGCUCCGGUCUUGAAUACAACGCUAUCUAUGACAAGCUCACCACGUACUGUAGCGAGUACGACACGAAGCAAGACAGUGAUUUAAAACAGCGUGUCUCAGAUGCCGUGCAUUAUGGUUUGCCUAGUUUAGGUAAUUGGUCACAUAAUCUGCUUACCACUAUCCUCGGCACAGGUGACGCAUCCACAUACUACGCCAGCGAUUACUAUAACAAUUCUCUACGCCUCGGAUAUCCAACCAGCGGCGCGGAUUGUUUACGUACACUGGUUGACAUAUUCCGCAGAUUAUUCCCUGUUUUCAGGUUUAUGUAUGGUCAAUGUGGUCUCGGUUCCAGGCACCAUGGUUGGGCCGGCUGCCAAUAUGGCAAGAAUAUCCCGACGACCAAGUGGCCAUGUAACGUUCACUCAGCAGACAAAUCAAAGUGCCAACCUAAGUGCGAACCAAAUUGCCAGGCAAAUGACCAACCAAGCUGCCAACCAACAUCGCCACUUCAGUGCUACUUAACCGAUUCUCUAAUCGGCCACUUACCUCACGAUGUAACCUCGAUUGGUUGCAAAACAGUCUGUAACACUUGCCCCAAAUCUAUGCCUGGAAUGCCGUGUAUAACUCCAAUGGGCUUUAGGGGUUUCUCUAGUAGUACGCGUAGAGGUAAAGAGCUGUGUAACGUGCUGGGCAAAUUCCUGGGUAAUGACUACCUCACAGCCUUGUUCUACGUUGCGGCCAAACCGCCGAGCAACUUACCCGAACAUUUCGGAUUUGUAAAGUCGUUGGUUAGUGGCAUUAAGUUACCGUUAGCACCAAAACAUAGCAACCAUACAAUACUUGCCGAUGCUUUCGUAAAAUCUGCAUCCGAACAGUCCAUCGAUUUAUAUAAAAAUACAUCUGACCUUACUGAUGCACUUACAAAAGCUUAUGGUAGCAGUGUGGAUGAUCAUCAAGAUAAGGACCAUUUACCCGGACUUUCUAACUUGUCAAGCCUUGCAAUGACUACGCCGUUUCAUUAUCUUACUGAGGAUGCCAGAAACGGAGCCUUGGAUGAUAUUGAUGCCCGCCGUAUAUCUCUUGGUACGCUUGCUGGACAGCUUUCGGGAUUUAUUGGUGGGAGUGAGGAAGUCAAAAAAGCAAUUGUAAAGGGUUUGCACAGCAAUGUAAAUGAGCUUGAAAAGCGUUUACAAGCAUCUUGCGGAGGUAAGGGGUGUAAUUGUAAUAUUAAGAGUUUCCGUGAUGACCUUAAAAAUCUUCAAGAUACAUUUAAGAAAUAUGAUGAUCUUGAAACAAAAAUUAAUGGCCUUAAAAAGCAAAAAGAUAUUGCUGAAAAAAGUGAGGCGCCCGUAGGGACGCCGUCCGACAGUGAGUCUGAGAUUGAGAGGCUUACAAGGGAAAUUAAGCAGCAUAAAGAUACAAUUUUCUCACAAAGUUCUCCGCUUAAAGAUCAAAUUACAAGUGUAAUUGACGCUGUUCAAAGUAAAAUUACUGCACUUGACUCUAAGAAAAAGAAAGUUGUUGACGCUCAACGUCAAGUGAAUGACCUUAAAAAGGAAAUUGAUGCUAAGCAAAAUAAUGAUGUACAACUUGAAGACCUUAAAAAUAAGCUUAAUGAACUUGAAAAGAAGCUUAAUGAAGCAAAAAAUAAUUUCCCUGAAAAAGAGUCUAAAUCUCUUGACUCUCAUCAGUCAUCCAAGAAGUCUCUUGGGACACUGAAAGAGCUUUGUGAUUUUGCUGAGAAAAUUGAUCAAAAAUCUGAUAACACUAAAAACCUUUUAGAAAACCUCUGCACAGGCCUCGAAAAUUUUCUCGGCUACCAUGAUGGUAAUUACACCGGAGAGGGAAUUGUGUACUCGGACCUUGACAGGCUCUGCGACGGGGUGAUGUCUUUCCUUCAUGGAGUUCUCCAAAGUUUGAGGGAUGAUCCAAGCGUUUCCACAUAUAGCUUUAUAUCACAAAAAGACCUUAAUAAAAUUUUAGAACAUAUGCAUCGUGGUGAUUAUGGUUUUCGUGUUUGCAUAGAUCAUGUGAAUCGUGUGCUUCAUGACUAUGAUGAUGAACUUAAUAAGCGCACUGAUAAUGUAAAUAAAUCACUUAGCGAACUUAGUGAUCACUUAGGUAAUAAAUAUGUCACACAAGUAAAUGAAAAAAUUAGCGAGCCGCUUGAAAAGCAGUUGACUGCUUGGCGGACCACUGUCCAAAGCCUCGAAACUGAGGUGAACAAAAUUCAGACUGAGAAAAUUAAUGUUUUAGAUAGUUCACUUAGAAAUACAAUUAUGCAUGAAUUCGUGUCUGUGAAAAGUGUGGUAGAGCAUAUGAGAAGUGUUAGCUUGGACCCUGCGCUGAUGGAUCAGGCGAAGAGGGUGGACGAUGAGUUGGUGAGGCAGAGAUGGCACGUAGCUAAUGCUAUACACACGGAGAGUGAGAGAGUGCAGAGCAGUUUAGAUACGCAAUUCAGAAAUGUAGAAAAAAAUAUUAGCAACUUGAAAAGGACUAAGAUUGUGCACUUCGAUGCCCUAAAUGAAGCUGUUCGGGUGGCUAAAGAACACGUGGAAGAGUAUCAUGGAGAGUUUGACUAUAAGCAUAAAAAUGCAAUUUCGCGGCAUUUUGACGAUAUUAAGAAAUACCUUGAGAUGUUUGUUAACAAGACUUCGGAAAACACUACGCUGCAGACGAAAUUCAAGAGUGCAAAUGAGAUGGUAACAACUUUGGAAGAAAACGUGAAAAGGGAUUUAAAUUCGCUGAAAGGGAAAAUUGAGGAGGAGAUGAAUAGAUAUGUGAAUAAGUAUGUGAAAGAAGUUCAAAGUAAGGUGAAUAUAAUUAAGGGGUGGGUUGGUGAGAAUGGAAUAAGCCAAAAGAGCGGUAUAAUUGGAAGUUGGGAAGGGAUUAAGGCAGAGAUUACGAGAAUUAUCGCGGAAAUAUAUAAUAAGGAAGCAAAAACGGAGGCCUCCAAAAGUGAUCAAGUUGUUAUAUCUGGAAAUCUUGGUAACAUUUUCAACCAUGUGAAGUGGUACGCGGGGCUGUUUUCUCAGCAGAAUUUCAAGAGUGUAGUAAAGGGAUGGAUUACCAGGAUUUUUAAAGACAAUGGAAUUGUUAAGCAUUGGCUUGGUGAGUAUAUUAAGGCUGGUGGAAACAAGGGUCAGCUGGCCGAUAAAUUGAAUAAGAGCGAAAAGGAAUUUAAUGACGAAACAAUCGGUAGCAUCGCAAAACACAUUAGGGACAAGCUUGACAGUGACGUCAUUACACCGGCCACGCAAAAAUUUAAAGGAAAGCCAGGUGACGACAUUACGUCGAAUCUGCAAUACGUGAGGGACGCUUGUACCACUUUCGCGGCGGAGCUAGAUGAAAAAUUGAAAGAUCCGUCUAAAGGUAUUACAGCAAGCACUAUAUCCAGUAAUAUCCUGGAUAAUGUUUUGAAUUCCGCCCAUACCGGAAAUCGCGAACUCCAGGAAGCUGUCCACCUUACACUCAUUGCUCUAUCGUCGACGGCAACUGGAGUUGCCAAAACGCUUGAGAAGUUCACUACCCCCACCCAGAAGAAUAACUUCUUCAACCUCGGCUUGAAUCUGCAGCUGGCCAUAGGGGAUGUUGAAAAAAUAAAAACGGCGCUUGGAGACGGUAAAAACGGGGAGACAGGUAGUAGGAUUACUAAGACGUUGAGUGCGGUCGGUAAACAAAUUAAAGAGCUUCACGAUAAUCUUGACACUGCAACUGCAGUGCGCCGCGACACUACCGUUACUCCCUACUCCUCCGCUGACCAGCCAACUCCAUCCGACAACCUUGAAAAUAAGAUUAAAGGGAUACUGAAUUUGAAGGUUGGGCCGACUAGUGGAGAUGGAAGUAAGAUAGAAAAAACAUUUGGCGAGGGUGAUUUCAUGACGCAAUUCAACACGGCUAACGAGACGCUGAAAUCCGCAGUCGAGCAGAUUAGAAAGCAACUUGACUCCUUAAAGCACGUUCCCGAUUUUGUCGAUACCCAGAAGGGAAAUGCGGAAGGGCUUAUGGAUAGGAUUAGAGAAAAAAUUUACAUUCUUCAACUAAAUAUUGUUUCCAUUAGCGGAGAAGUCAACAAGGCAGAUGUCGCAUUAGAUAAGGCAAUAGAAGGCCUCUUCAGUUCAUUAAAUAGUGCUUAUAGUAUGAGUAAACAAGCCGUUCAAGACCUCCAAACUACCCUCACUGACACCACCGAACAAGCCUUCAAUAAGAUUACCAUCGAAGUAAAAAUAUUAUUUGCGAACCAACACAAGGCCGACCUGACUGCUUUGAAAGCAUCGCUUGACACCCAAAUCCCCAAAGUGAAAACGAUCAUUAACGAAGCGUUGAGGAGUGGCGUAAGAGGCCUUUUACAAGCUAUGAACUGUCAUAAAAUAAACCUUGAAGAAAUUAAGAAUGUUGUAACUACUUCAACGUCGGAAAAUUCAGAAAAAUUCAGAAAGGCGUGUGAACAUUUUCAGCAAUAUUUCACCCUCGUUAACAAAUAUCUUGAGGGACAAUCGAUUUCGCAACCUAAACCUAAAAAUGUUUCUACGGACUCCAACCUUACUAAACUCUCCACCAUCCACUCCGCCCUCCAAGCCCUCCUCUCCCACCUGUCCACGCAAAAACACUUCGACCACCAGGUCCCCGGAAUGCUCCAAAAACUCAAGACGUCCGUCCAAGCACUCCACUCCACAGCCUUCGCUAACCCUGCGUACCCCGUGCUCGACGCUUUCCCCAAGAGCCUGGAGCGCUUCGUCGAGCAGCUGGAGAGGGGGUACGUGAAUAGGUAUGAUGGUCGAACGUGGAACGAUACUAUUGAAGAUAAGCAUUGUGCAAAAAUCUUUUGCACUUUAACACCAAUGCUAUUGGAAGGUUUAGUGGGUCUGAAAGGGAAAUGCACGGAUGGAGGGAGUUGGGGUAAAAAACAAAUUAAUCUUUCUAUCGAAGAUAGAUACAAGACAGUUAACCCACUUGGUGCGUUUUUGCACGGUUGCGGGUUUCUUGUUUCCAAGUUGCCUGAUUCCCAUGAAGGGGAGCUUAGGAAUAAAGAAAACUGUACAGGCAACACCAUUGGUGGAUUGAUUGCGGCACUAACACUGUCUCCCACCGGUAACUAUAAUUUGCUAGACAUUGUACACGGAGUUUCCACUCACGUAGAUAAAUACAAUGAAGUUUGCCACUUAGAAACAUUUACGUCUACUAAGAUACCGUGCAGUAUACAUGACAUACUUAUAUGGUUCUCAGGUCUGCCGUAUAACGCUGUGUAUUCCACUCUAUUGCGUGACGGUUUUACUAGCCUCCUGCAGAAGCCUAAGCCAAAAACCAUACAGGGCAGCGACGAAUUUGAAGUGGAACUAGAUGAUCUGAAUUCCUACUACAUAGAUGCAUACCCAAAUAAGUUCACAUAUAAAAACAUUGACACCGUGCUUAAUCACAUAUGUUCUAAAUCCCACGACGUAUUGACCACAAUAGCCGGCACCGGCGACGCAAAUACCGUGUAUGCGUCCGAUUAUUGCAACAACUCUUUUAAAUUCAAAUAUCCCACGAGCGGCGAAGAUUGUUUACAUACCCUCCUUGACAUGCUUCGUCGACUCUUACCAACUCUCAGAUAUUUAUACAACCAAUGUAGGGUGAAAGCUGAACAUUACGGUUGGUGUGAUUGUAAGUAUGGUAAGGGUAUCCCUAUGGCCAAAUCUCAGUGUACCGAGCAUCCUAGUGAUGAAUCAACGUGCCGACCAAAUGGUCAACCAAGCAGCCAACCUGAGUGCCAACCAAACACUAAAGUAGACUGUCAACCUACGUCCCCACUGCAGUCCUACCUAUCCGACUGCCUUGUCGGUUGUCUUCCCCAUCAACUAACUUCCGUUGGCUGCAAGUCUGUAUGUUUAACCUGUCCUCGUAGUAAACCCGGAAUGCCCUGCUUGACACCUCUUGGUUUUAGAGGUUUCUCUGGCAGUACGAGGACGGGGAGAGAUCUUCGUGAUAUGAUUUCUGAGUUCUUCAACGUCGAUGAUCUCACAUGCCUGUUUUCACUUGUACCCAAACCUCCGGCUACCCUGCCUGAGCACUUUGCCUUUACAUUGUCUUUUGUUGACGGUUGGGAUACCAAUGGCCGUCAUCAUGUUUUGGAUAAAACCCGAGCAUCAAUUACCAAUCGGUCCAUUGAGUUAUAUAAGGACCCCAACAGUCUCACUAAUGCGCUUCGUAAAGCCUAUGGUAAUACACCGGGCGAACAUAGUAAGACGCAUUCAAAUGGUAAUAAAGUAGAUUUAUCGACCCUGUCAUUGACCACGUCUUGUAACGGGACAAACCACUGCGUCCCCUACCUAUCAACGUUAAAGAAUGUCCUUGAUUCAGAGUAUUUCAAAGACCUGUUUAGAGAGUGCGAUGAAUUCUUGAAACAAAUCAGAGAACCAUUCUCCCUGACAUUGUUAGCCCUCUGGUCCCUCUCUUUGCUCUACCUGCUGCACAUCGCCGUCGUCCGCCUCGACGUCCUGCGGAUACGCUCCCACCUGCGCUCGCCCUCAAGCCACCGCAUCGCCGCCCAGUCCCUCCUCGCCGCCGCACGCGUCAAGGCACUCGCCAACGUCAAGUACUUCUCACCAUAA